AUGCAUAUGUCUCUUCGUCAUUUAAAAUAUCGAUCAACCAUUAGAUUUGAAUAUCCAAGUACGCUUGAUCAAAAUCCUGGUGACAUAGUUCUCGCAUGGGCAAGUUUGAUUGCAAUUAUUUCUGGUCUUUUCACUCGAACAACAUCCGGUUGGGCAAUUGAUUUAAUAAAUACUAUAACAUGGCUUGGUCAAUUACGUACUUUCUUAGUAUUUGCUUCAAGGACAAUUGCCUAUUGUCUUAUUGCAUUAGGGACAAUUGAUAGAUGGUUAUCAUUAUGUUUUGAUCUUCGUCGACGACAAAUGAGCACAAUAACAAAUGCUCAACGAGGAAUGAUAAUUAUUUUAAUCUUUUCAUGUCUUCUUUAUAUUCAAAUGUUUUAUUGUUAUGAAGCAAAUCUUUUCAAUGCUCCACUUAAAUGUUAUGGAAAAACAAUAGCAUGUUGUCUUGUAACUGAUCUCACUUAUGCAUUUGCUGCUAAUAUAUUUCCUUUGAUUAUUAUGCUUUGUUUUGGAUUAAUGACUAUUAUAAAUGUACGUCAAGCUAAACGUCGAAUUCAAAUUAUAAAUACGACAAGUACAUCAGGAGUAACAAUAAAUAUUUCCCGACGAUCGAAAAAAACUGAUUAUUAUCUUCUUUGUAUGCUUUUUGUACAAGUGAUUCUGUUUGCUGUAUUUACUCUACCUCAAAAUAUUCAAAAAUUUAUUGCACUUGCUCAGUCAAAUCAAACUCAAACAGCAUUGGAUAAUGCAAUUGCAAAUUUUAUUUUUAAUUUUUUUCUAUUUUUUGCUUAUCUUGCUAAUGGAAUGUCAUUUUAUAUUUAUACACUUUUUGGUGGAAACGUUUCUCGAAAUGAGCUCUUAAAAUUAGCACAAAUAGUACGUCGAAUAUUUUACAUUUGUAUUUAUUGCUUUAAUAAAUAA